GAGUUAUAAACAUGAAGCUCACAAUAUAUAUAUUUUUUUCAUUGCAAUGUGUAGUCAGUAGUAUCACAUUUUUGUUUUUGUAUACAGUAAAUACAACGCGUGCAAUAAACUCAACUAGGAACGCGAGUCCUUCGUGUUCAGGAGGGAAUCAUUUAGUCGACGUACCUUCCAUUUCCUGCUCUCGACUGGAAACAAAACCCGACUUCAGCCAAAGCAAGUUGUAAACCCAGGGUACAAUUCGUCAUCUGCAUCCAUUUCGAUUUUUUAUUCUGAAGUCGAAGUUUUCAGAGCAAAUAUGGGGGUUCCGAAAUUCUACCGCUGGAUCUCAGAGCGCUAUCCGUGCCUCAGUGAAGUUGUCAAGGAACAUCAGAUCCCAGAGUUUGACAAUCUGUAUCUGGACAUGAAUGGGAUUAUCCACCAGUGUUCCCAUCCCAAUGACGAGGACGUCCACUUUCGCAUCUCUGAGGAAAAGAUUUUUGCAGACAUCUUCCAUUACCUGGAGGUUCUCUUCAGGAUCAUCAAGCCUCGCAAGGUUUUCUUCAUGGCUGUGGAUGGUGUGGCACCAAGAGCAAAGAUGAACCAGCAGAGAGGACGGAGAUUCAGAUCUGCCAAAGAAGCAGAAGACAAGAUAAAGAAAGCCCUGGACAAAGGAGAAGUCCUUCCUACGGAAGCUCGCUUUGAUUCCAACUGUAUCACACCAGGCACUCAGUUCAUGGUGAAACUGCAGGAGCAGCUGAAGUAUUUUGUCCACAACAAACUCUCCACUGACAAGUUGUGGCAGAACGUCAGAGUGUACCUGUCAGGUCAUGAGACACCGGGGGAGGGAGAACAUAAGAUCAUGGAGUUUAUUCGCUCAGAGAACAGAAAACCGGAUCACAAUCCCAACACUCGCCACUGUCUUUAUGGCCUGGAUGCCGAUCUGAUAAUGUUGGGUUUAACCAGCCACGAGCCAAACUUCUCUCUCCUCAGAGAAGAGGUUCGAUUUGGAGGAAAGAAAUCUCAGAAAAGGAUAACGGCACCGGAGGAGACGACCUUUCACCUACUUCACUUGUCCCUGAUGAGGGAAUACAUCGACUACGAAUUUUCUGGGAUUAGGAAUCACAUUGGUUCAGAAUAUGACUUGGAGCGAAUAAUAGAUGACUGGAUCCUCAUGGGCUUCCUCGUGGGAAACGACUUCAUCCCUCAUCUUCCUCAUCUCCACAUCAACCAUGAUGCUCUGCCUCUCUUGUAUAAGACCUACAUCAGUAUACGGCCCAGUAUGGAGGGUUAUCUGAAUGAAAAUGGCCAUCUAAACCUACGAAACUUUGAGAAGUACAUGGAGAAACUUUCUGAGUUUGACCGUGAACAUUUUCAGGAGGUGUUCGUAGACCUUAAGUGGUUUGAGAGUAAAGUUGGUAACAAGUAUUUGAAUGAGGCAGCUGGACGAGCUGCUGAGAUGGAAGCAGAAACCAUGAACAAAGCUGAGGACUCCUCCAUCUCCCUGGCAGCUCUAACUGCAGGUGUAAAGAUGGCUGAACCUGAGGAGGAGGAGGACGACAUAUUUGAAACUGAGUUCAGACAAUACAAACGGACUUACUAUAUGACUAAGAUGGGCGUGGAUGUGGUGUCUGAUGAGUUUCUUGCCAAGCAGGCCAAAUGUUAUGUAGAAGGCAUCCAGUGGAUUCUCCAUUAUUAUUACCAUGGAGUUCAGUCCUGGAGUUGGUACUAUCCCUACCACUAUGCCCCCUUUCUGUCAGAUGUGAGGAAUAUCUCAAGCUUAAAAUUGACCUUUGACCUGGGCAAACCCUUCAUGCCUUUUGAGCAGCUUUUGGCUGUUCUGCCUGCUGCCAGCUCUGAGCUGCUUCCUGAAGCUUACAGGCAUCUGAUGACCAGUGAAAACUCUAGCAUUAUUGAGUAUUACCCACUGGACUUCAAAACCGACCUCAAUGGCAAGCAGCAGGAGUGGGAGGCUGUGGUUCUCAUCCCCUUCAUUGAUGAGAAAUGUUUACUGGCAGCCAUGGACCCCUGCAACCAAAGGCUGACAAAAGAGGAAAAAGCCAGGAAUGGCCACACAGAGUGCGCUGUCUACACCCAUGACAGUGAGGCCGACUUCACGUAUCCGUCGUCUCUGCCGCCGACGUUUCCAGACAUCAUCCACUGUCACGUCAGGAAAGCACACAUUCCUAUGGAUGCUUGGCACGUGACUUUGGACCACGUCAGCAGGCGGUUGGACCGCUCAGCUCUGUACUUCUGUGGCUUCCCCACUCUGCAGCACAUUAAACAUAAGUUUUACAAAAAGAAGAGUGGAGUGGUUGUCUUCCAGCAGAGCAGCAGAGGAGAGAACAUGAUGCUGGAUAUUCUGCCAAGAGAAGAAGAAGAGCUGACAUGUGAAGAUGCUGCUGCGAAAGUGCUGGGAAAAUCCUUGUUUGUCAACUGGCCCCAUCUUGAGGAAGCUCGCAUCAUUGCAGUGUCAGACGGAGACACCAAGUUUCGCCUGGAUGAAUCAGCAGGUGAUCAGAGAGUCUACGACCGAUCCUCAUCUCCUCCUCCGACCAAAGUCUGUUAUCUUUCUGACAAGGAGCAGAAAGAAUGGGUGAAAGAAGUCCAAGGAAUCACUGAGCAUUUCAUGAAAAGAAAAGGCAUCAUCGUGAACGAAACAGCAGUGGUUUUGUACGGCCAGCUGUUGACAGGAAGGAAGUACAUCCCUAAAGCUAAUGGAGCGGUGGAACUUGAGAAGCAGUGGUCCAAACAAGUUUUUCCUUUCGCCUACCAGACUGUGGUCAAGGACAUCGAGGCCUUUUACUCCUCUCUAACCCAUUUCAGCAGCUUAGAUGAGCUUUUCCCUCCAACAACCACUGUAUUCAUGGUGGGAAACCCUUACUACGGUGCCAUGGGUGAGGUGCAGGAUUCCAGUGAUGUCAUCAAAGAUGGCCGAGUGCGUGUAGUCUUCGGUGUGCCUCCUGAGCCACAGCUUGAGUCUUUAAUCCAGAAUCAGCACAAAUACUGUGUCAAAUACAGUCCAGGGUAUGUGCUGGCGUCUCAUCUUGGCAUCAGUAGCUACCUGGUGUCUCGCUUCUCUGGGAGCAUCUUCAUUGGCAGAGGCUCUAAGAGGAAUCCGUGUGGGGAGCAAAGGGCCAACAUUGGCCUGAACCUGAAGUUCAACAAGAAAAAUGAGGAGGUUCCUGGAUACACCAAGAGAACUGAGAGGGAGUGGCUCUACUCCUCUGCUGUGGAGGAUCUGCUGGCUGAAUACGUGGAAAGGUUUGCUGAGGUUUUCAACACAGUAUCCAGGAACAGUCACGAUGAUGUUUUCUAUGAAGAUGACAUCUGGCCUGGAGAAGAACAGAAUGGGGCAGAAAAAGUUUCUGAAAUCACCUCGUGGCUGAAAAGUCACCCCGUCAGCUCCAUCAGCAGAUCUCAGGUUCUUGACGCUGCCAUUGUGGAAAAGAUUGAAGAGGCGACGGACAAAACCAAGGUGAAGAAGAACAUCAAGAAGGUCCGUGUGACUGUUAAGCCUCAUCUGCUCUUCAGGCCGCUGGAGCAGCAACAGGGCGUGGUUCCAGACCCGGACGCAGAAUACCGGCUCUUUGACCGAGUCAUCAACAUCAGAGAGAGUUUCACCGUCCCACUUGGACUCAGAGGGACGAUCAUUGGCAUCAAAGGAGCUGACCGUGAUGCUGAGGUACUGUUUGAAGUGUUGUUUGAUGAAGAAUUUGCCGGUGGUCUGAUAAUCAGAUCUACGUCACACCGUGGUUACCGCCUGCCUCCCUGUGCUCUUAUCAAUCUCUCCCAUGGAGCCAGAAUGGACCACACCUCCCACAAACUCACUGCUAUCGUCAAACCACAGCCUGUCACUGGAGCUAACUUUCACUCAAACCGCCAGCUGGCCGGACUCAACCAUUCUCCACAGUCACCUUUCAUACCCACACAGCACCAAAACAAACAUAACAGCACGGCGAAAGCAGCAUCGUACAGCAACAGGAACGCUCCAUUUAAGGGUCUACCUUCCAAACCUCAAACCAAGAAUAAAGAAGAAUGCAGUAAUGUGUGGCAGUCACCACAGAACGUGGCUCCUCCCAACAAACCUCCAGCUCACUGGCACAACCAUGAAGGUCACUCACAGCCAGGAAGGCACCAAAACCCAACCCCUAACAAAGCUGCACCGACUGGUGGCAUCAGGCUGUUGAGGAAAAAUGAAAACCCUGACGCUCUGUUUCCUGCACAGAACAACAGUGAGAAGGCGUCAGCUGAGUUUGCAGACCUCCUUGCUAGUCUCAAGAUCUCUAAGGGAAACACGCAGAGUCCGCCUCCAUCAGCUGCUGCAGCAGAACCCACCAGCCAUCCUGAAGGACCACUGUCCCCACAGUCCUUCGCCAUGAAGGGAACUAUGGUGCUAAAAGAAAUGCUAAAGAUCGACAGCUCCAGCACAGAGACUCCUCCAGUGCAGGACGACACCAGCACGCCCACGCCCGGGAGUCGGCAGCAGAACAGGAGCCGCUCGUCCAAGAAACUGGCCGCAAAGAUGAACUCCCCACAUGGUGACAUGCCGUUAGCUCCCCCUCCCUCAGCCAACCCCAACGCCAUGCUGGGCAGUAAGGUGUCAGAGCUGACAUGUGUCUGCGUGGGUUUAGGGAUGGCCCCGCCUGAGUUCAGCUUUAUAUGCAACAGACAGGGUUUAGUCGUGUGUCAGGUGAAACUGUCCAACGGUUUGAUGGUUCACGGUCCGCAGUCGCAGUCUGAAAAUGAGUCCAAGGAAAAAGCUGCCUUCUUUGCCCUGCAGAGACUGAACUCCAUGGGAUCAGGGUUCCCACUCACCUACCCAGGUGUGGGUCAGAUACGACCUCCACCUUUGGGCCCCAUGACUCGUAUGCUCAACCAACAAGUGUUGCCUCACCCAGGUUAUGUUCCUCCCCCUCUGUGGGGAAUGACCGCUCCCCCACACCACCACAACAAACCCUUCUACGGCGCAGCAGGGACCUUCCCUCAUGGUGUCCGCCCACCACCUGCAACAACGUUGCCCAUUGGUUCCCAUAACCAGUUCAUACCUCUACAGGUAACCAAGAAGCGUGUUUCAGUAAACAAAAAGAACCAGGAAAGCAGAGAGUUUUACAGUGCUGCCCACACCGUGGCCAGGAACCAAUCACAGAGAGCCCAGAACCAGCCCGACGUCCAGUCACAGAGUCGGAGUGAGCCUCAGAGCAGACAGAUGGGCCGGCCACACGCAGAUGCUGCGAACAGCAACGCCUCGUUAUCCUCAGUGAAUCAAGCCGACGGUGUUUCCACGACAGCAGCAGCCGCACAGACACCACCACGACAGAACAACCCAGCAGCACAAGGUCACACACCGGGGUCCGCCUCCAAAAGGAGGUAUAGGAAGCUGGCCGUCAACUUUGAAGCUGCCAAAGUCUCAGAGGGUUGAGUGUGUGUGUGUUUGUUGGUGUGUGUGUUUGUUUUUGUUUGUGUGAGAGAGAACAGAGGUAGGUGUUGUUUUUACAAAUUGCAAAGUUUCUCUGGAACAAAACCGAUGGUCUUUGGUAACGUCUGCUGCUACAUGUUUUACUGCCAACUCUUUCACAGAGAAGUUUCAACAUAGCAGUUCGAUUGCAGUCCUGGGUUACUUAUGUCGACAUCAACUUACUCUGACUGUUGUGUACUUUUUUUUUUUUUUUAAUUGAGGCUCAUACUCAGUGUCUUUAAUUUUACACUGGUCUGGUGAUGAGAGGCAGUCAGAGCUGUUAAUUAAUUAAUUUGAGACUAUUAGCAAACAACUAAAAUGUAUUAAAGGCUUUCCCUAAAGAUGUUUAGUGUUCAUUUUAGCUGUGAAAAUCUGUAGACGGACCACAAACCACUUUGCUGAGCUAAGAUUUCACUUGUCUCCUUCACUGGCAUGAUGUUGGGAUGUUGAUGUUGGGGACCACGCAAACCUCCUGAGGGGGACAGCAGUGAGUUCGUUUUUUAAAAAAUCUCAGUUGGGCAUGGUGCGGAGUAUCAUUUGACCAAAAAGAGGUGUUUUAGUUGAUCCAGUCUUGUUUUGUAGAAGGCUAAAGUUGUUUCUGUUUCAGCACCAUGGAAAGUGAAACAACAAUGUGUAUGAUUAAUGUUAUUUUUUUUAUCUAAAAAUAAUUAGGCCUUCCAGCAAGAAGGUCGCUGGUUUGCUGGUUCAUUCCCCAAUCCCAGAUUAAGAAUAAGAUCUGCCCACCCCCACACCUCCGACUUUGUGAAGGAUUUAAAGGUAGAAGAUGAAUGAAACAAAGGUUCUGGUCUGAAGGUCAGUUCUCUGACCUCUAACAUUUCUAUGCCUCCAUUUUAAAUGUGUCACAUUUCAUGAGGAAAAAGCCCAUUUUUCCUCAUUUCUGCUGCUGCCGAUGUCAAAACAGACACAUUAGUGUGGGGUUUUUUUUACACAUGAUUUAAAAAAAACCCAUAUGACAUCACAGUAGGAUCUUGGUUCUCAGGGACGUAUAUAUAUCUGGUGGAAGUUAUUGUUUUCAUAUGUGAACCUUGGUCACCUGCCCUGCAGGGUGUGCUGUCUGUCUGUCUCUGAGAAAUGCUGCAUGCAUAGUGUUUUAGAAACAUCUUAAAGAUUAUAAAUGACAUCCUGCAUAAAGUCAGCUUAAUCCAACACCUUUCUUUCUUCAUUCUUAUAUUCAAUCAUCAGAUUCCCUACAGACGUUUGUGUUGCAUUUUUUUUAAAACAUUGUAGUUUGUGAAAAAUAAGAACAACCUGACACUGGAAACAGCUGAGUCAGCUGAGUCUGCCCAACACAGACAGUUACACAGACCCAGUGUUGUUUUUACACCAGCAGACGAACUACAGUCAGAAUCACACUGACAGCAACAGUAUUUUAAAAAAAUUAAGAAGCUUUUUAAUUGUUGCCUUUUGUUUAUAUUUUUAUAAAGUGAACCACAGCUUUGAUUUAAACAUUGUGGUCUAAACAGUUAUUUAAAUAUUAUGUUUUUUAAAUACAACAUUAUUUUUAAUUUUCUUUCGGUGGGAUCUGGCUAUUUUUAUGCACUUUGUGGUGUAAUUAACCUGCGACCUUUGGCAUUAAAUACAUUUUUUAAUAUCAUGCAUUUUAGACUUUUUAAAAUAUAUUUCAGAUUUUUUUUAAUUUUCUCAUUGUGGGAUGAUUCCUGAUGAAUCAAAGUUGUCACAUCAGGCAAUGUAUGUUAAAGAUUUUGAUUUCUUUUCAAAUUCCUAUUGGAUUAAAAAGACUAUAAAGAUGAUAAAGGACGAGACCAGAGUUUUUUUUCCUGUGUGUGCAGAUGAAGCCAAAAAUUCUGCUGCUCAUAAAUGAAAUUUAGGUGAAUAAACUAAAUUAGAAGGAAUAUAAAUUGUUUCGAUGAUAAUAAAUAUGACGUUUUUGAGACUUCA